CAGCGUCGUCAUGGCGGCGGCGAUGGCGGAGGCAGGGGCGGUGCUGAGCCCCGGAGAGCCCAAAGUGUUUGAGAUUCCUGUUAUUGUCAUCGAGUUGAGUGACGAUGAUUUUUUUGAAUGGGAAGAUGAACAAACCGCUUUGGACGGAAAUUCUCCUUGUCCUGCAAAAGCUGAAGGUACUGGCCCUUUAGAAAUGGGGUGUAAUGCAACCAACAAGGGACCUAGAAAGAGCAGUGAACUCAGUGAGGAAACUUGCCUGCAUAACAAACCAGAAGAUUAUCCAAAUGCUGCUGAUGAAAAUGAGCAAAGUUCUGUUACUGGCAGCUGCCUUCCUGGAGAUUUUCCGGAAGAUGCCGAGAGUUUAAGGAGAGAGAGUUAUGCUAAUCCUGAACCAGGUGUUUCUGGAAACCAUGUCCCACCUAAAGUGACUGACUGCCCAGAAAGGCAUGACGUGCAAGAAAACAUGCUUGAUGCUAAUGAAAAUGCAGAGAGUGGCCAGCAGUCACUAAAAGAAUUGUCGCGGCAGUGCAGCCAACACAACAGCAGGGCUGCAAAGACAUCCACGAAGAAGCAAGCCGAGACAAUACACGCUUGGAAAUGCUUGCAUUGUCAUUUUAAAGGCAAAUCUUCUGUUCAUCUCCAAAAACACAUUUGGACCACACACAAGAAUAAAAAUAAUCGCCAAGUUAUCCAAAGAUCAUCCUGCCAUAAGUGUAAAAAGAAAACCAAAGCAGUGAAGAAGGGCAAGAUAAACAGAAGCGAUCCUGGACAAGCCCGGAAGGAAAAGGCUAAAGCAGUGGUGAAAAGGAAGAAGAAGAAGAAAAGCAAGUACGAGAAGUUCUUCAGCAAAAUGAAGAAGGUGCCCAAACCUUCAAAGAGCUUCCGCUGUAAAACUUGUUCUUUUGUGUUGUCAGAUCCAGAAGGUUUUUUAGAUCAUGUGAAAGAACAUAGCAAUGGGCCCCCGUAUCAGUGUCCUCGGUGUGAAUAUUCUUCUGAUGACUCUUCAUAUUUUCUGAAUCAUUUGUUCUGGCAUAUCGGCUGCUUGCUGUACAAAUGCAACUUCUGUGGGUAUUUUUCUCGUCAUUUUGCCAACGUUGUCAAGCACAGUUACCUCCAUACAGGUGCCAGGCCUUACCUGUGUGCAGUUUGCCAGAUAGGAUUCACAAGCGCAAGUGGACUGAACAGACACAUAGGCACACAUUGGCGGAAGCAAGAAAACAAUAGUGUGUCUGUUGCUCGAGAGGAGAAUCUGCAUUCUCCAAAGAAUUAUGUGUGUGAAAAGUGCGGCAUUGUCUUUUAUACACUGGCACUUCUCGAGGUCCAUAUGAAACACCACUUGCACACACAGGGCUGUGAUGCACCUUUGGUUACUGUUAAAAAAUGCAAGACCCAAAGUGCAGAGUCUGAACAGGUGAAUGGCUCGGAGGAGGAGGAAACUUCUUGUCCAGACAAGUCGGUGUGGGAAAAAUCAGAACGUUUUCAAUGCAUGUAUAGUUGUGAUCAGUGCGGCUUGGCGCUUCACAAAGAAGAGCAUUUAGUUUACCACAAAGCCGUUCACUUGCAAGUUCAAGCAGGGGAGAACAGAACUGAUAAGAAUACAGGGGGCAGAACACCUCUUAAGCUGUUCAAAUGUCUGCAGUGUGCUUACACGACUUCCCGGUUCAGCAGCCUGCUUAUACAUUCUGCUACUCACACUGGGGAAAGCCCAUUCAAAUGCCAGGUGUGUGACAAGUCAUUCCGGAGCUUCAGCCACUUAAACCGUCACAGCUGGCUGCACAAACGGAACGGUCAGAAAUGCAGCCGGUGUUCUUUCAUAGGCAGCAGCCUGGAGGACCUGAAGCUGCAUGAGGAGACCUGCAAGGACAAGGGGCCCAUGAGAAAAAGACUUCGCCCCUCGGGUUCAAAACAUAAGAGCCCCAAAGAACAAAUAAACGUGGUGGUAGCAGAUGGAAGCACUCCGUCACAGGGGACAUCAAACCGUUUUCAACGCCCAUAUAAUUGCAAUCGUUGUGGCUUGGUGCUUCGCAAAGAAGAGCAUUUAGUGUACCACAAAGCCGUUCACUUGCAAGUUCAAGCAGAGGGGAACAGAACCAAUAAGGGCCAAAAAUCGGGGGGGCAGAAAACAGGGUCGUCUGAAGCAUCACCUCUUUGCGGGCCACCCCUUAAGCUGUUCAAAUGUCUGCAGUGUGCUUACACGACUUCCUUGUUCAGCAGCCUGCGUGUACAUUUUGCUACCCACACUGGCGAGAAACCAUUCAAAUGCCAGGUGUGUGACAAGUCGUUCCGGAACUCCAGCCACUUAAACCGCCACAGCCGGCUGCACAAACGGAACAGUCACAAAUGCAGCCGGUGCCCUUUCAUAGGCAGCAGCCCAGAGGACUUGAAUUUGCAUGAGAAGACCUGCAAGGACAAGGGGCCCACGAGCAAAAGACUUCACCCCUCACCUUUAAGACAUGAGAACCCCAAGGAACAAAUAAAUGUGGGGGAAGCAAAUGGAAGCAUUUCGUCACAGGGGACAUCAGACCGUUUUCAACGUACAUAUAGUUGCAAUCAGUGCGGCUUGGUGCUUCACAAAGAAGAGCAUUUAGUGUACCACAAAGCCGUUCACUUGCAAGUUCAAGCAGGGGGGAACAGAACCAGUAAGGGCCAAGAAUCUGGGGGGCAGAAAACAGGGUCGUCUGAAGCAUCACCUCUUUGCGGGCCACCCCUUAAGCUGUUCAAAUGUCUGCAGUGUGCUUACACGACUUCCUUGUUCAGCAGCCUGCGCGUACAUUUUGCUACCCACACUGGCGAGAAACCAUUCAAAUGCCAGGUGUGUGACAAGUCGUUCCGGAACUCCAGCCACUUAAAACGACACAGCUGGCUUCACAAACGGAACAGUCACAAAUGCAGCCGGUGCCCUUUCAUAGGCAGCAGCCCAGAGGACUUGAAUUUGCAUGAGAAGACCUGCAAGGACAAGGGGCCCACGAGCAAAAGACUCCGCUCCUCGCCUUUAAGACAUGAGAGCCCCAAGGAACAAUUAAACAUGGGGGAAGCAGAUGGAAGCAUUUCGUCACAGGGGACAUCAGACCGUUUUCAACGUACAUAUAGUUGCAAUCAGUGCGGCUUGGCGCUUCACAAAGAAGAGUACUUAGUGUACCACAAAGCCGCUCACUUGCAAGUUCAAGCAGGUAAGAAGCGAACAGGUAAGGGCCAAGAAUCUGGGGUGCAGAAUACAGAGUUGUCUGAAGCAUCGCCUCCUUGCGGGCCACCUCUUAAGCUGUUCAAAUGUCUGCAGUGUGCUUACAUGACUUCCUCGUUCAGCAGCCUGCGCGUACAUUUUGCUACCCACACUGGCGAGAAACCAUUCAAAUGCCAGGUGUGUGACAAGUCGUUCCGGAACUCCAGCCACUUAAACCGCCACAGCCAGAUGCACGAACGGAACUGUCACAAAUGCAGCUGGUGCCCUUUCAUAGGCAGCAGCCCAGAGGACCUGAAGCUGCAUGAGGAGACCUGCAAGGACAAGGGGCCCGCAAGCAAAAGACUCCGCUCCUCGCCUUUAAGACAUGAGAGCCCCAAGGAACAAAUCAACAUGGGGGAAGCAAAUAGAAGCACUCUGUAUACUUGCAAAGUAUGCCAGAAGAAAUACCAAAACUCAAGUCUUCUGAAACGUCACUCAUUGGUGCAUCAGAAGCUGGAGUUCAAAUGCAGCAGCUGUAAGUAUUUGACUAGCACCUGGCAGUCCUUUAAACGACACAUGGCAUCCCAUGAAAAAGCUCCCCUUCCAAAUGGCAGCCAACGCCAGGAGAAACCCACUGCCUCACCUGCCCCAAUUUAUAAGUGCGAGAAGUGCAGCUAUGCCACUCCCAGAAAAGAAAACUUGACAGUUCACUUCCGAAUACACACGGGUGAGAAGCCGUACAAGUGUCCUCAUUGUGGCUACCCUUUCCGAACGUCCAGCCACUUAAACAGACACUUAUCCACCCAUGUAAUGCUGCAGUGCGACAAAUGUGAUUUUUCUACUGUCGACGAGCGUGUUCUGCAGAAGCAUGUCCGAACUCACAAGAAGGAGGAGCUCCCUGCUGAUAAGAAGGUUUACAAAUGCAAUAAGUGCAGGCUCACAUUCUCUAUUCUGCGUGUCUUUAAGGUGCACAAGGAGAAGCAUAAAGAAUCAGAAUAAAUAACAUGAUGAAAAGACUGGUCACGUGGAUCAAGAAAGCUUGUGGUUCAUCUUGAACCUGUCUUCUACACAUACGUACCUCUAAAAGACACCUAGUGUUUGGCUUUAACCAAAAAUUUACCUGAAUAAUAGCUGAGAUCUUGCACGUUCUCAGAAUCUAUAAGAUACGAGAAAGGACCUGUGUGAAUUUCAUGGUGAGGAGAUCCUGAAGGUCCCCCUACUUCAUCCUAUUUAUUUUUGCCCCCUUCUUCUGUUUACCCCUCACCCUCCACCUUCUUUUCAUUCCUGUUGCCUUUUUUGUCACCGUUGCCUCUCUGCUCCUAGCUUGCUUGCAUCCUUCACUGCCUCUGUCCCCAUCACUCAUUCUUCCACUGCUUCUGCCUUGGCAUCUUUCCCUCAUUUCCUUGCCUGUUGCCAACUUUCUCCUCCUUACGCUCGUUUUGCAGCAGCCCCUUUUCCUUGCUGGCAGGCUUGGCCAUCAGCCUAGCCACUGCCGCCUCCUCUUUCUCCACCCCCAUCUUGUUUCUGUUCUCUUGAUGGCAGCAAUGGCUGUCUGCAACCAUGUUUAUGGCUUUGCUAGGCAAAAUGAUGACCGUGAUCUCCUGUCAUACUGUUUUGCAAACCUGGGUGAUCCCGACUUCAAAAUUGGAUUUAAUCCAGGAGAGAGGGAUCAGCCAAGCUUUGAGCUGUGUUGAAACAAACUUCCUGUUUUCAUAUGAAGAUGUUUAUGGUGUUAAUUGACAGCCUGCCUUCCAGAAACAUGGUAGCACGUGGCUGAUUUUGUCUACAAAGAGAUGGUAGAUUGCAGGCACUGGAACAAAUGAAGAAUGUAGUGGUCUGUUUUGUUUUUCACAUCAAGUCAUUUUUUGCCUACUUAGUAUUAACUGAAAAGAAUUCUGUAAAACGAGUGUCUUAAGUCUGCAUGGUGCGGGGUGCCGACUCCUGACCUGAGGUGUCAUAUGAUUAUUUUUAAAUUUAAAAAACUAGAAUGCUACAGCUACAGCUGCACUUUAGGAAAGGGAAAUGGUAGGGAGAAUAGUUGAUACUUGUUUGCCGAAGAAACGCUAUGCAUCAGAGGUUUGAGUAUUUCAGGAUUGAUCAGUGUGACUGAUAAUGUAUAACAAACUUAGUUGCGUUUUAUGAUUCAAACAACUGUCGUAACGGGCAAAAUGGGUUAAGUAACAUGAUUAGCCUGUUUCUAGAAAGCUUUAUGUGAGCUCAUGGUUGUCACUGAGGCGUGUGUUAAAGAUAGUCCUGCUAUUAGCAUAAAUGGUCCACCUGCAUUUUGCUGGGUUUUGAAAGGGCAGAGCUUAGUUUUUUUCACUUCAGUCAUUUCACUUAGAUUUGCACUGUACUGGCAUUAAGAAAAUGAGCAUUUUUUUGCUUUUGUAUUGUUCAUUUUAGUGUCGGACAAUGUAGUUCAGGUUCUGUUAUGAUUAGGAUUAAACAUGAUUGUUACUG